AAGUGGGGUGGCGGUGGAGGGGGUGGAGGAGGACAGGGAUCGGGACAGGGAUCGGGAGCCGGAGGACAGGCGAGGAGGAAACAGGCUUCCCAGCAGAAAGAACCCUCGGAACCCUCGACCCCGACUGCUUCGAGACAGGUUUCCUUCAGCGGUAACCGAGCGUCUGGCGCAUACACGCCCCUGGUGGUUUCCGGGAACAGCCCUCCGCGUGGCGAACCAAUCUCCCUGGCUACCUUGGACCGCGACUGUUUCAUCAUUCCCCUCGCAUCUCUCGAACGUUUUUUACCUGCGGGAGUACCGCUUUAUUCCGACUCGUUCCAGCAUGCCCCAAUCGCGGACAAAAAGAGACCAGGAAGUCCUCUGUCGGUUCUCGAAGUCGAAGAUCCCAAGCAAUGUGUUCUUGCUCACUUUAUGACACCUCUGGAGCCAUUGGAUCCUUUGGUCGAAUCUCCUGUUUCCAGGCCGUUGGUCCUACAACGGGAUACUGCGGCCGAAUUGGUCGCUGAGAUCGCACCCUCAGCUUCUCAGAGUAUUCUUCUUACGAAUAUGGAGAAAAAUGCGGAUUUCCCAUUCAUCACAUAUUAUUUAAUAAACAAACAAAACACAGAUCCCGUUGAUUUCUAUAACGAGGUUCAAUGCGCUGCCUUGAGAAAGUUCGAUCCUCGAGAUCUUCGAUAUGCGGCCAAUCACACAUUGGAUCUAUUCAACGAAGUGGCCACCAUAGCAAGACCACCGCUAGAACCACCUGGUGUCAGACCACCGAUUCCGUCCACAGGCUAUAUUGUCUCGAUUUUUAAAGUAUUCGAGGGCGACGACGGCCUUAAGUUCGAGCAAAAUUGGCUCUAUUGGACCGGUGCCCGUAUGAUGUACCGAUAUUUGCCGAAAUCGGUGGGCCUGAGGCGAAUCACAUUGCACAAGUCCAUGUCACAAGGCGACAAAAUGUAUCUACUGAUCUGCGAAUGUUCGCAAUUGCAAGACAAUCUCUCCGCGGCAGCGAUAUUGUUGCCCGCGUUACGUGCCCGUUUAUGCGGUUACACCGGUCUCUAUAGACCUUCGGUGUGCUUCUGAUUUCUCAGGAAACGCUAACCACGCGCCAACGAUAUCACAAUAGUCCAAUAAAACAGAGCCACUUUGUGAACUUUCCAUUUCGAAUAACAAAUCAUUUGAAAUAUGGCUGGCCUUUGUUGAUAAGUUGUAUCUACUAUGAUUAGAUACAAUGAAUAUCAUAAAUUGCGUGGUUUGGCGUGGUUGUAAAUUUAUCAAUUGCAAUAUUCCAAUCUCGAAUAUAGGAAGAGAAUCGUUUUGAUCA